AUGGAUGUGUGGCAUAGUUACGGCAUAUUGUGCCAUAACUGCUUGAUCUUUUGGUCUAUUGGGAAAGUGCAGCAUGCUACCUGUACUCUUACAAAAGUUAUAAAUAGAUAA